AUGCGGGAGCCCAUCUUGCAGAGGGAGCUGCUGAGUGUCCUACCAGAUAUGCAGAAGGACACGGAAGCAUUGGCUGCUCUUAUCACAACCAUGGCCAUAGCCAGGCUGCCACAUGAACCAGCCUGGCAGAAGAUGGCUGACACCAUAGCGGAGGCGUGCAGCCUGGCAUCGGCUUCGCAGCUGGUCGCGUUCGCUUGGUCGUUUGCGACGGCGGGGGAACCACGGCAAGAUCUUUGGCAAGCACUCAAAUCUGCAAUGGCAAGUAAACACAAUGAGUUGUCUGCCGAUGAAAGAACGACCUUUGCCUGGUCUUGUGCGGAGGUGGGCCAUGCGACUGAACUUUUUGGUAAGGCGAGCGAGGUGGCAUCUGCGAAAGCAUCGACCAGCAUGCUGGAGGCGAUCCGCAAACUCGACGGUGAGCAUUUACUCGAUAGUCCUCCAAUUGUCCUAGUGCCCAAUGUGAUCACUGCGCAGCAGAGUCAGGAGCUUAUUCAGAUAGCUGAUGAUGCUAAUAUUUGGUGGCAGUCCAGCCGCCGCGGGGCUCGCACUGCUGGUGGCGAGGAUGCACUACGCACAUCGUCUUCAGCAGUUCUUGGCGCUCAGAGGAUGACGCAGCAGCCAGCUGUGAAGGCAGUGAGAGCGUGGACUUCAAAAGCAUUAAAUGUUCCAGAGGAUACCGUGGAAGCACUCCAACUUGUGCGCUAUCGCAAGGGCGAGCAAUACAGUGCUCACGUCGACUGGGGCCGGAAGCAGGAUGCGAGCCUUUGGUUGGGCGGCCAACGGACCGCAACGGCGUUGAUCUAUUUGAAUACACUUUGGGAGGACUGCGGCGGCGAAACCUCUUUUGAGAGGCUCGGAAUCAAGGUCUCGCCACACGCCGGGUCUGCACUCGUUUGGUCAAAUGUUGAUAGAGAUGGACAGCCUCAGGACCUGGUAGAACACAGAGCCAUGCCAGUACUGUGUGAGACAGAGAAGUACGCAGUCAACGUGUGGGUGCGAGAGAAGUCUCUUCCUCGAUUUCAAGGGGCUGAAUGA